AAUAGAGUUGUUGGAUUCAUUAAUUGACGGAAGGAAAAAACGGAUGGAUGCCUUCAUAGAGAAACUGGUGAACGUUUUGUCAACUGUCAUUGGGAUUCAAGAAAGAAGACCAUCAGUGGACAUGACAGAAUUUGAAUUUGUUGUUCCAGAAGUUGUCCAACAAUUGAAUCCAACGGAUUGUGGCAUAUUUGUAAUGAAGUUUAUGCAAUUAUGGAGUAACCGUGGAAUUUCUCGUGCAAUUGCAAAUGACAAGGUCAUAAAGUACAAGGAAAAACUCCUAACACAACUGAUAAUGUCUCCAGAAAAUGAAGUCAGGGAAAAUGUCUACCAGGCUAUGGAUCAAUGAUGUUGUAAUUUUUUUGGUUUAUAGUUGUUGAUAUUUUUUUAUAGUCUGAUAGAGUUCCAUUUCCAAAU